AUGGGCCCCGGCACCCCGAACUCCGGCACAACCUCCCUAUCCGCGCUCUCUACAACCGCUAUCAAAGACGGCCACCAAGGCGCCCCAUUCCCUCACGCCCGCCACGCCCACCAAUCCUCCUCCGCCUCCACCUCCUCAACAACCACCCUCGAAGCCGAGCGCGCAGACCGUAUCUCCCGCCUCGCCGGUCUCGAGCGCGUCGUUACCGCCCGCGCCGGCGCCAAUACUGGCAUCUCGUCCCACGCCGCGCCUCCCUCCACUAUCCCGGGCUACUUCGACAGCCACGCACUGAAGGAGCGCAGCACUGUUGGUAGCGCUAGCGCGACGGGAAGUGUAGGCGGUGCUACGCACACGACGUGGGCGUCGGGUAGCGAGGCAUUUUCGGCAGAUAAAAUGAGUGAGGACAUCGACGACGACCACGACCACGACCACGACCAUGACCACGACCGCGAAAGCGUGAGUAAUGUUAGUGACGAGGGCAAUGCAAGUCUUGUGGGGUUUGGCGAGGGCGCGAAUAGCACCAUCUCAGGCCCGACCAGUCGGCCGGCGGCCCUGAACCGCGUGUCAUCCGGUGGGGCGCGGCCCACGUCUAUGGGUAGUGUCAAUGCCAACGUGCCGCGCCCCAACCCGCUGGCGUCGUACCUCCAGCAGCAGCAGCAGCAGUAUGCUGCGGCACCGGGACAGGGGCUAGGACCGGCUGCGGGCGAUAGCCCUAUGAGAUCGCCGUCGCCGGCGGGCUCGAAUACUCCUGAGCCGGUUAGUGAGGAUGCGCGCAUGGUCGAUGGGAUGACCUUUGAUGAAGAUGUUGUUGAUACUACAGCGCGUACGCCGAGGCUAGUUACGCCGAAACGGAGUAGCAGUGGUUUUGGAACGCCGGGUGAGUAG